GCCACUCCGUCACACGCCGUCUCGCGAGGAAGUACUUUGCACUGCGACACGGAGAUCUCGACGCGCGGUUAGGAGAGCAACACUUCGACAUUCAGCAGUUCAGCUCGUCAAAUACUUCGGUACAGAAUUAUGUGGAAACGUUCGUACUGACUUGUGUUUCACUAUUGUAAUUGCUUCUGUAGGAAAUCGUUGCCUGGCCAGCAACUUGAGCUUCAGACAGAAAUCGUAUCUGGAUUGAGUCAGGCCUUACACCUAUCGAUUCUCAUCACAGCAAAUUGAGUGAGAAUAGACGUCUUUCAGUACAUCUGUAAAUCUAAAAGGAGGUAGUACCUCUGAACAUACAGGAUGCUGGCAGCAGUCAUGGCGUGGCUGUGGCUGUGGCUGUGGCUGUGGCUGGCGGCGGGCGGCCGGUGCUGGGAGCAGCCGCGGCUGCCGCCGACGCCCGCGGGGGCGGAGGUCCUGAUGGCGACGCUGGGCGGCACUCGCUCCCACACGGCGCCCUUCCUGGCGCUGGGCCGCCAGCUGGCGCGGAGGGGCCACCGCGUCACGCUGCUCAGCGCCUUCCCGCCGCCGCCCGGGGAGGAGACACCAGGCGUGCGGCAGCUGAACCCGGAGCCGCUGGUGCGCUACGUGGCUGAGCUGACCCGCGGCUGGGACCUGCUGGGAGCGCGCGCCAGGGGCGAGCAGCCUGUGCCGCCCUGGGAGGCGGUGCGCUUCGGCCUGCAGGUGUGCGAGGCGGCGCUGGGGUCCCGGGAGGUGCGCGGGCUGCUGGAGGCGGCGUCGCGGCGGCGGCCGUCGCUGGCGCUGCUGGACGGCGCCUUCCCCGACUGCCUGCUGGCGCUGGCGCACCGCCUGGGCGCGCCUCACGCCCUGCUCAACACCGUGGCCGCGCACCCGGGGGCGGCCAGCUGGGCCGCCGCCAGCCCCGCGCCCUUCAGCGUCACGCCCUUCAUGGGCCUGCCCUACACCGACCGCAUGGCCCUGCCGCAGCGCCUGCUCAACGCCGCCCACCACGUCGCCCUCAGGGCCAUGCAGGUCUUCAGCACCAAGCUGCUGCUGGAGCCGUGCAUACGGCGCCACCUGGGUCCUGACGUGCCGCCCAUCAGCUGGCUGGCGCGCAACACCAGCUUCGUGCUCCAGAACGCGCUCAGCCCCACUACUCUGCCGCGCGCCUACUUCCCGGACGUCGCCGAGGUGGGCUGCCUCCACUGUCGGCCAGCCAAGCCGCUGCCCCAGGACCUGGAGGAGUUCGUGAGCGGGUCGCCGUCUGGCUUCGUGCUGGUGAGCAUGGGCUCCGGCGUCAGGGCUGCCAACAUGCCGGCGGAGCUGCACCGGCUGCUGGUGAGCGCCUUCGGCAGCCUGCCGUACCGCGUGCUGUGGAAGCACGAGGCCGGUCCGGGCGGCGCGGGGGCGCCGGGGCUGGAGCUGGAGCUGGGCGGAGCACCACGGCCCGCACUGAACGGCACGGGGGGCUCUGGGCUGGAGCUGGAGCUGGAGCCGGGCCUGAGGGUGCCGGGGAACGUCAUGCUGAGGCGCUGGCUGCCGCAGCAGGACCUGCUGGGGCACCCUCGUCUGCGCGCCUUCGUGGGGCACGGCGGGCUGCUCAGCGUGCUGGAGGCGGGCUUCCACGGCGCGCCGCUGCUGGCGCUGCCCGUCUUCUGCGACCACGACUCCAACGCGGCGGCCGCCCGGCGCGCCGGCUUCGCGCGCGUCCUCCAGCUCCAGGGGCUCAGCGCCCCCGCACUGGCCGCCGCCGUCCGCGCCGUCGCCACAGACCCCAGGUACCGGGAGGCUGCUUACCGUCAGUCAGUGCUGAUCCGGGACCAGCCGACACCCCCCCUGGAGAAGGCCGUCUUCUGGACGGAGUACCUGCUGCGCCACAGGGGCGACACGAGGCACCUGCAGUCCGCUGCCAGGGACAUGGCCUGGUGGCAGCUCUACUGCCUGGACCUCGCCCUGCUCGUGCUGGGCUUCCCUGUCCUCCUGUGGGUCGCUCUCUCCAGGCUCUGCCACUUGCUGGUUCACUCCAGGCACGCACUGGCCAAGAAGCUCAAGGCUCACUAGCUGGUGUUUUAUCCAGUGACAGCUUUCCUAUUUAGACCUCACGCUGGGCCUCCCUGCGCUGCAUUGGAUCGCUCUCUCCAAAGUCUGCUGCCUGUUGCUGCUCUCCAGUCACAUUCUGGUCAGAAAGCUCAGGCUCCUUAACUCUGUCCAGUUGUCACCUCUAUUGCCUUGAUCUCAUCUUGUUGACAAUGGACCUCCUUGUCCUGCUGUCGAUCGGUCUUUCCAUGGUCUGAUACCUGCUGUUAUAUUCCAGGCACAUGCUGUCCCAGAAGCUAACGUUAGCUAGCUUCAUCCCAGCUACAGCCCUUACCUGGUGGCAGUUGUCCCACCUGGGCCUCGCCUUACUGACACUGAUCUCCCUGAUGUCGUGGGUCGCUCUCUCUGCCUGCCACCUGCUGCUACACUUCAGGCACACCCUGACCAGACAGAUCAAGGCUCACUAUCUCUGAGAUAACUAGCGCCCUCAUUCAUCGGAAUCUCUACUACUUUGAGAUUCAGCUACUACUGGGUCCCAUUGUUCUGCUGUGGGUCACUCUCUUCACGUUCUGACACCCAGAUACACCCCACACAAAAAUUCCAGGCCCACUAUCUCCAUCAUAGCUAGGGGUCUGGCCUACUGGAGAGCUCCAUUGAGUAGACCUCACCCUACUCACACUGGCCCUCGCUGAUCUCUGUGGGCUGCAGUCUCAAAAGUCUGCUACCUGAAGCUACUCUCCACAUACACCGUGUCCAUAAAGCUCAGGGUUCGCUAACUCUGUUAUUGAUAGGGUUCUUGCCAAUUUACAUAGUGGCUCGACCUCAUUCUACUCUCAGUGAGCCUCCCUGACCUACUGUGGGCCACUCUGUCCAAAGUCUAAAUGCCAGCUGGUACUUUCCAGGCGCACCCUGACCAAAAACCUCAAAUCUCACUGACUGGUUUUAUGGGGACUACCACGAAUUCCUCUCUUGUGCCAAUCUCUUCAUCUCAAAGUAGCGCUUGCAGUUGUCUUCCUCAAUUACUUGCUAGAUGUAUUUCAAUCUCUGUCUUCUUCUACAGCUUUUACCCUCCACAGCUACCUAUACUAACAUGGAAGUUCUUCCCUGAUGUCUUAACAGAUGCCCUUAUACUUUUCAGUGUUUUCCAAAUACUCCUUCCCUCUCCGAUUCUGCACAGAACCUUCUCAUUCCUUACCGUACCAGUCCACCUAAUUUUCAACAUUAGUCUGUAGCACCACAUCACAAAUGCCUCGAAUCUGUUCUGUUCUGUUUUUUUCCCACAGUUCAUAUUUCGCUCCCAUUCAAUGCUGUGUUCCAAACGAACAUUCUCAGAAAUGUUUUCCUCCAAUUGAGACCUGUGUUUGAUACUAGUAGACUUAUCUUGGCCAGGAAGCCACUUUAUGCCAGUGAUAGUCUGCUUUUGAUGCCCUCCUUGCUGCAUCCGUCACUGAUUGUUUUGCUGCCGAGGUAGUGGAAUUGCUUAACUUCAUUUACUGCUUGACCAUUAAUCCUGAUGUUUCUCGCUGUUCUCAUUUCUGCUACUUCUCAUUACUUUCGUCUUUCAUCGACUUAUUCUCAAUACAAAUUCUAAACUUUUUAGACUGUUCAUGCCAUUUAGCAGAUCACGCAAUUCUUCUUCACUUUCUCUGAAGACAGCAAUGUUAUCAUCGAGACGUUUCAUUGAUAUCCUUUCACCUUGAAUUUUAAUUCCUCUCCUUAAACUUUCUUUUAUUUCCAUCAUUGCUUUUCGAUGUACAGAUUGAACAGUAGGAAUGAAAGACUACAUCCCUGUCUUACACAUUUUUAGUCCGAGCACUUCGUUCUUGGUCGUCCACUCUUAUUAUUCCCUCUUGGCUCUUGUACAUAUUGUAUAUUACACAUCGCUCCCCAUAGUUUACCCCUAUUUUUCUCACUAUUUCGAACAUCUUACACCAUUUUUCUGUGACGAAUUCUUUUCGCUUUCUCUGCCUCGCGAUGACUGGGUGUUGUGUGAUGUCCUUAGGUUAGUUAGGUUUAAGUAGUUUUAAGUUCUAAGGGACUGAUGACCAUAGAUGUUAAGUCCCAUAGUGCUCAGAGCCAUUUGAACCAUUUUUGAACCAAUUAUUUUCCCAGGUCGAUAAAUCCUGUGAACUUGUCAUGAUUUUUCUUAAGUCUUGCCCCUAUUAUCGAAUACAUCAGAACCGCCUCUCUCGUGCCUUUCCUAAAGCUAAACUGACCGUUAUCUAACGCAGCCUCGAUUUUAUUUUCCAUUCUUCUGUAUGUUAUUCUUGUCGGCAAUUUCGAUGUAUGAACUGUUCAGCUGAUUGUGCGACAAUUCUCGCUGUUGUUAGCUCUUGCAGUUUUCUGAAUUGUGUGGAACGAUAUUUUUACGGAAGUCAUAUGUUAUAUCGCCAGACUCAUACGUUCUACAGACAAACGCGAAUAGUCGUUUCAUUGUCACUUCCCUCAAUGAUUUUAGAUGGUGGAAUGUUAUUUAUCCCUUCUUCUUUAUUUGAUCUUAAGUGUUCCAAAGCUAUUUUAAAUUCUGAUUCUAAUACUGGAUCCCCUGUUUCUUCUAAAUCGACUGCUGCGUCUUCUUCUAUCACAUCGAACAAAUCUUCCUGCUAAUAGAAGCCUUCAAUGUACUCUUUCCAUCUAUCCGCUCUCUCCUCUGCAUUUAACAGUGGAAUUCUCUUUGAACUCUUAAUGUUACCACCCUUGCUUUUAAUUUCACCGAAGAUUAUUUUGAACUUCCUUUACGCUGAGUCAGUCCUACCUACAACAUGUCUGUUUCGAUGUCCACAUUUUUCAUGCAGCCAUUCCGUUUUAGCUUCCCUGCAGUUCCUAUUUAUUUCAUUCCUGAGCAUCUUUUAUUUCUGUAUUCCUGAAUUUCCCAGAACAUUUUUUCUUUCUUUCAUCGAUCAGCUGAAGUAUUUAUUUUGAUAGCCAUGGUUUCUUCGCAGUUACCUUCUUUGUGCAUAUGUUUUUCUUUCCAACGCCCGUGAUUGCUCUUGUUACAGAUGUCCAUUCCUCUUUAACUGCACUGCCUACUGAGCUAUUCCUUAUUGCUGAAUAUAUAGCCUUAGAGAAAUUCAAGCGUAUCUCGUCAUUCCUUAGUACUUUCGUAUCCCACUCCUUUGCGAACUGAUUCUUCCUCACUAAUCUCUUAAAAAUCAGACUACUCAUGUUCACUACUGCAUUGUGAUCUGAGUUCGUAUCUGCUCCUGGGUGUGCAUCACAAUCCGGUACCUGAUUUCAGAAUAUCCGUGUGACCAUGAUGUAAUCUAAUUGAAAUCUUCCCGUAUUACCUGGCCUUUUCCAAGUAUAGCUUCUCCUCUUGUGGUUCUUGAAAAGAGUAUUCGCUAUUACUAGCUGAAAUAUGUUGCAAAAUUGAGCUACUCUUUCUCCUCUCUCAUUCCUAGGACCAAGCCCAUAUCCUCCAGUAACCCUUUCUUCAACGCCUUCCUCCGUGACUAUUAGAUUUUUGUCUCCCUUUAAGUACUGCAUUACCCGCUCAAUAUCCUCGUACACUUUCUCUCUCUCUCUCUCUCGUCAUUUUCAGCUUGCGACGUCGGCAUGUAUCUUGAACUAUCGUUGUCAGUGUUUGUCUGUUGCCGAUUCUGAUGAGAUCAACCCCUUCAGUGAACUGUUCAUAGUAACCCUCUCUGCUCUACCUCCCUAUUCAUAAUGCAUCUUACUCCAGCUGUAUCAUUUCGUGCUGCUUUUGAUAUUACCGUAUACUCAACUGGCCAGGAAUCCUUGCUUCUUUCUGUUUCACUUCACUGACCCCCACUAUACCUAAACUGAGCCUUUGUAUUUCCCUUUUCAGAUUUUGUAGGUUCCCCACCACGUUAAAGCUUCUGACAUUCCAUGCUCCGACUGGUAGAACGUUAACCUCUCGUUCUUUAUUCUGUAUUUUCGUUCCGGUCACCUCCUGUUGGCAGUCGACUCCCAGAGAUGCGAAUAACGACUCCGCCGCCUGAAUACGUUGGUCCUCCAUUUUCAUUGGGGAUGCUCUCUCCAAGGAUCGUUACCUGCUGCUACACCCUCUCCAAAAAGUUCAGUGGCGUGAUCUGCACUCUCCAAGGAGUCUAACAGCGUCCCACUCUAGGGACAUCGAACACUUUCUGUUUGUAAAGUUCAAGACUCUGCAGAAUUGUAAUUCCACAGCUUCUACAGCAGUGAACAGUACGGCAAUGGCCCUAACCCUACAUGUACAAAGCAUCGAUGUUGUUGAAAAUAACUUUUGUGCCUCGAUUUAAUCGAGAAUAAGAAUAAAAAAUGAUAGUAUUUAUUUAUUGUUAUUUUAUGUAUCAUUGUAUUGCAUGUUUCGAACUAUGUAUUUUAUCUGCAAUAAAGACUGUAUGUACAAUUUA